AUGGAAUCAAUUGAAAAUGAGCUGCUCAUAAAAAUCAUCAGUUACCUGCCUCCACAAGAUCUUUACUCACUCACACUAGUUAAUAAAAGAUAUCGAUCGUUAUUAUGGUCUACCUCCCCCGCGACCCAGACCAUUUGGAGAAAUUCCAGAUCUCGGUUUCUGACUUAUCCGUCCCUUCCGCCACCUAUUUGGAUGUCCGAGCAAAAAUAUAUUUGGUUUACUUUGCUGGCUAAAUCGUGUCAAAUAUGUUCGGCACUAAUGAAUGUACGAAAUAAUUUUCCCAAGAAUUGGGAGUUUGGCAUUGUCUACUGUAACAGGUGUUUCGAAGAAAAUACUAUAAGUAUCUUCAAAGAUAACCACAUGUACCCUCCAAUCUUGUUGACUUGCGUUCCAUGCAUUGAACGUGGUAUUGAUAAUGAAAGCACCGUAAGAAUUUUCUGGUUGCAAGAAUUAGAGGCUGCCGAAAAGGAAUUCUUGUAUUUAUACGAUAACAUUCAAACGACUUGGGUUAAACAAAAACAAAAACAAGUUCUGGAGUUUAUGGAACAAGUUUUUGAGUAUAAAAGACAAGAUCUGUUAUAUUUAAUUAAUCGAAACUAUUGA